GUGGUUCUGCAGCAGAGCUGCUUUCAGACGACUCUGUCUAGUCGUAGCAGCUGAACCGUCAUGGAGCUGAGGAAGAUCCUGCUGCUGGUUCUGGUGCUGGUUCUGGUCUCUGCAGAGGACGAGAACCAGAAGGAGGUCCAAGGAGAUCUGGGUGGAAACGUAGAUCUAACCUGCUCCAUCAAUAUACCAGACAUUUACUGGUACAUGGAGAUCCACAACCAGCUCAGAGGAAACAUUGGACGUACUUUUUCCUCAUAUCCCGACUACUCAUCUCCUGAUUUUAAAACCAAAUAUUUGAUAAAAGGAAACAGACUUGUGAUUAAAAACCUCACAGCAGAAGACUUCAGACGUUACUUCUGUGGAAAGAUGAGGAGUGGAAACAUUACGUUUUUGGACACUUUCCACCUGAUCCCAGUUCUAGUUGUGUCUUCUACUCCUCACGAGGAUUUGAACCACCACACAGGAACCACAGACGAACCAGGAACCGGAGACACCAGAAUUUGCCAGAAUGAGCCGAUUGUUUUCAGCUCGUUCUGUCUGAACUUCACCAUGACUUUAGUUUUCGUAGGUUUGACUUGUCGGUACUUCAAGAGGAAGAGGAGCAGCUGCAGGAUGAAGGAUCCUUCACGUUUGAUGAAUCCUCAGGACGAGGACGUCGACCUGUUUCCAUCUGGAAUCAUGUCAGAGUGUUUUUACCACAAAGUUCAGCUUCCUGGACGAUUCUCUGCUGACUAACACACACCUGCACAGGUGGAACAAGACCAAACACACACCUGCACAGGUGGAACAAGACCAAACACACACCUGCACAGGUGGAACAAGACCAAACACACACCUGCACAGGUGGAA